AUGUCCUAUAUCCUGGGCCAGCCUGACACUGCCAUAGUGCAAAGAGUUGAAAUUCGUAAGUUGCAUCAGGGUGAGAACUUAAUCCUGGGCUUCAGUAUUGGAGGGGGAAUCAACCAAGACCCUUCCCAGAAUCCCUUCUCGGAAGAUAAAACGGACAAGGGCAUUUAUGGUACACAAGUAUCUGAGGGAGAUCCUGCUGAAAUUGCUGGGCUGCGGACUGGAGACAAGAUCAUGCAGGUGAAUGGCUGGGAUAUGACCAUGGUCACUCACAACCAGGACCAGGCUCAGAAGCGGCUCAGUAAACCCUCAGAGGAGGUGGUUCACUUGCUGGUGACUCUGCAGUCUCUGCAGAAGGCUGACCAGCAGUCUGUGCUGUCUUAG